AUGGUACAAAGUGUACAUUAUGUUGACGAAAUCAAAAAUUUGGAUUGGAUUCAUAUAUCUCAAUAUCAUUUAGAUAAUCGAUGGUCACCAAUUGUAUGUAAAAAUGCUUGGGAACAAAUAUGUAAUGAUCGUAUUAAUCAAAAACAAUGGACUGAACAUGAAGAACAAUUAUUAAUUAAUUUGGUUGAACGUGAACAAACAAUUGAUGAUCAUGGUAUUGGUGAUAAAUGGCCAAUAAUAGCUGACAUCAUAAAAAAUCAUGAAACUACGACACAGUUCAUGAUGCGCACGAAUCUGAGACCUAGUUAUCUUUCACCAUAUCGUGAUCUGAAAGGUAGUAUUAUCAUGAAGUGUUCAUUAGAAUCGUAGAUUAGGAAAGCUCUUCAGUCUAAAGGGAUUUAGUCUGAUGUCAGUUAAUGCGACACGGAAGGACCCUUAACGAAUGUUAAGACAAACAUAUGCUUGUCUUAACUGCCGUACGUGAAGAACACAUUCACGCUAGGAUUUUCAUCUGGAAUCCCAAGGAAGCUAAUGCUAAGUCCUGCUCAUUAUUCUGUAGGACCACAUUUUUUUGUACUCACUAGUCAAAAGAGAAUGGGAUUUUCGAUAGAGAGCACAAUACCUAAAUUUUACAAAAAAAAAGAUUAAAAAUGAUCCUUUAUGAUUAUUCCACUUAGAAACAUUCGCGAGAAUUUAAGAUCAAAAAGAUGGCGUAAUUCUGGUGGAGCUCUUGAAUUCUAGUUUUACUGGAAGUCUGACAGCACCGUUGUACAUAGCUGUAGUUCUUGAUCGCACCA